UUAGGCACGGAUCUGAACUGAACGCGGGACAAAACCGAAUGUAGGAAAAUUGACUUUUGUAAGGUAUUUGAAAAUGGAUUUAUUAAAUCCGGACUAAUGAUCGAUACGGUAAAAUACAAUAUUCUUUUAUUAUGUAUUAUGAUUCGCAGUGGAGUACGAUCCUUCUGAAGUCCUGUUGAAAUAUAAGAAUAUACAAGGCAAACGGGGUGGUAAAUUUCUCCUCUUUGAAAAUAUGAGCUUUCCCAGGGAAUUGAAACAGCUGCAGAAAGCAAAGGCCAAAGCACAGAAGAACAACAACUUGAGAGAAGAGGCAACCAUAUGCAACCAACUGGGCGAGCUUCUAGCCAAGAAUGGUCAGUACCAAGAGGCUAUUGAAGAGCACCGCCAGGAACUACAGCUUUGUGAAGUUUUGAAAGAUGUGAUUGGUGCUGCUGUUGCUAAUAGGAAAAUUGGAGAAAGCUGUGCAGAACUUGGCAAGUAUGGGGCAGCUUUGAAGCACCAGCGUCGUCACUUGGACUUGGCACGGUCUGUCUCCAAUAUUGUUGAAGAGCAAAGAGCUUGGGCUACUAUUGGACGUACUUACCUUUACAAGUAUGAAACUGAUCAAUCCCAUGAAUCUUUGAAAGAAGCAGAAAAUGCUUUCCUAAAAAGUCUCAUCAUAGUGGAUGAGAAAUUGGAAGGUGUAGCUUCACAGCGUGAUCUGAGUGAGAUGAGAGCUCGCUUGUAUCUGAAUUUGGGAUUCGUCUAUGAUGGUUUAAAGGAUGCAGCCAAAUGCAGCUUUUAUAUAAGCAAGAGUGUCUUCAUUGCAGAACAGAAUCUCCUUUAUGAGGACCUGUACCGUGCUAAGUUUAAUAUGGGCAGCAUUCACUUCAGGAAUGGGCAACAUUCAAAGGCAAUUCGAUGCUUAGAAGCAGCUAAGGAGUGUGCACGCAAAAUGAAGGAGAAGCAUAUGGAGAGUGAAUGCUUUGCCAGUAUUGGGAAGGUUCUGCUAAACCUGGGUGACUUUGUGGCUGCAAAACGUUCCCUGAAGAAAGCUUACAUCCUGGGAUCUAACCAUCCUCAGGAAAGAGAGAAUGUUAGAAAAAAUCUCAAGUAUGCUAUUAAAGGAUGCAGACUGGAGGAGGCCAUCUCAGAGUUACCAAAGGGCGAAUAUCAGGAACUCUUGAUCGCAUCCGAGCAGCUGGGAGACCUGCUAUGCAAAGCAGGGUGCUAUCAGAAAGCUGCAGAAUGCUACAAGACUCAAUUGAAGUGUGCAGAAACACUGAAGAGACCAGACCGAGAACUGGCUGUAAUUUACGUUUCUCUGGCCACCACUUUUGGUGACUUAAAGGAUUAUAAACAAGCUGUGAGCCAUUAUGAGGAAGAACUACGUUUAAGAAAAGGGAAUCCCACAGAGGAAUGUAGGACUUUGCUCAACAUUGCUCUUAACAAGGAAGAAGACGGACAAGACUAUGCAGAGCUGGAAAAGGUCUAUCAGAAUGCUCUCCUUUGUUCGAAGCAGGCAGCACAGGCAAAACUUCAGCAUCAGGUCCUUAAGUUACUUCAUUCAGCACAGCUGAAGUUUAAAUGCCCAGAAGCAGAUGCCACGUUGGCCCAGAUGCGAGAGCUAUCCGUAUCUAGUGAGGAGAGUGGCGAUGACAGUGAGGAAGAGCCGGAAAACAGCGAGCCUUUGGUUGAGAGUGACUUGGAGCUGUCUGACAGUGAUGAUGAAGAUGACCUUGAAGGCUAUAACAAAAGUGUUCCUGGGAGGAGGGCAGGUAGCAAUCGGUGGAACCGUCGCAAUGAAAAAGGUGAGACAGUGCUUCACCGAGCCUGUAUUGAAGGAAAUCUUAAACAAGUCGAGUAUGUUGUGGGAAAGGGUCAUCCUAUCAACCCAAGAGACUAUUGUGGAUGGACACCAUUGCAUGAAGCUUGUAACCAUGGACACCUAGAAAUUGUGAAAUUCCUUUUAGACCAUGGUGCUAAUAUUAAUGAUCCGGGGGGUCCUGGCUGUGAAGGCAUCACUCCUCUUCAUGACGCUCUCACCUGUGGGAACCUGGAAGUCGCACAACUUCUUAUAGAACAUGGAGCGACUGUAACACAAAAAAAUGCCAAGGGUGCAACACCUUCUGAUAGUCUGCAGGAGUGGAUAACAAUAUAUGGAAAACACUUGGAUGAGGAAACCUGGCAGAGGUGUAGAAGAACUGAACAGCUGCUGAAGGCAGCUGAAGCUGGCAAGGUGCUACAGGUUUUGCAGCCUACUUCGAACUUCCAGGACAGUGAACUGUUUGAUGAUGAACAUUCACAGUCUCAGUCUCAAUUGCCAGAUAGUUCCUUGUCUAGACCUUCUGAUCACCAUGCAUUACAGGAGAAAACCAGGAAGCAUUGGCAUCAGAAUGAGGAGUCAUUCACUUCUUCUCAGAGCUCUGCUCUUCUGUCAGCUAACCAGAGGACUAGUAAGCAGAGAUCCUGUCACCAAAGUGCUGUUGAUGUGGGUAGUUUUGACAAUAGAUCACCAGCUUCUCAUGGCCAGCAGUCUAGGAGCAGUAGGAGGGAUGAUCUGGAAAGAUGCAAGAAAUAUGUGCCAGAAGAGUAUGAUGAACCUAUUUCACCACUGAGAGCAGUUAAAAAACGGCCUAGGCUGUUGGUAGGACAGAUGUCGCCCACUAACUCAGAAGGUGGACCCAUCAGCCCUCUUCCUUUGACAAAUUUAAGUGCAGAAUCUGAUGAAGAACAUGAUGAUUUUCAUGGAUUAUUACGGAAGGAAGAAGAAAUGGAUUUGGGUAUUCCAAAUGAAGGGAAAAAUAUCUAUUUGAAUACAAUCCGUAAUUUAGGCAGUGCUAAGUCUAGACUUCUGGCCCAGACUUUGUCAGAACCAGUAGCUCCAGCAGCAGUGAUGCAGUCUGAUGAAGCCCUUAUUCCAGCAAAUGAAUAUGUAGCAGAUGACUGGCUUGAAGAUGAUCUUGGGAUGGCUCAGCCUAAAAAGAGGAUGAGGCGGAAUUCUCAGGGCAAGAUCGCCAACAGAAAUGGAAAACCAGCAUCAGGCACCGAUGACAAUAACUCUUUUGUUGUACCUGAUAGUCAUUCUGCAUCAGUCACAUCCAGUAGAAUGUUAUCUUUAAAGAAAAAGAAACCAAGGCAAAUGAGGAUGACACAGAUAGUAGAUAGGGCUGUUGUUGGAAGGACUAAAGCCAUCUCUGAGAGUUCCACUCAAGCAUCUGCUAACUUUUCCAUUCCACGAGUGAUUGGGAGCAAUAGAGAAUUGGAUGUAGUACCAAACCUAGGGGCAACAACAUCACUAGUGUCACUUCAGACACAUCCUUCUGUAAUGACGUCUGCUGUAAUUCCACCAUUACGAGUUAGAGUCAGAGUUGAGGACAGUAUUUUUCUUAUCCCUGUCCCCCACAGUGACAGUGAAACCCGUACCGUGUCCUGGUUAGCUGAACAAGCCUCUCAGCGUUAUUACCAGACUUGUGGGCUUUUCCCUCGGAUCAGCCUGAAGAAGGAGGGAGCACUGCUUUCCCCACAGGACCUCAUUCUAGAGGUACUGCAGAGCAAUGAGGAGGUCUUGGCAGAUGUGCAGUCUUGGGACCUGCCUCCUCUUUCUGACAGAUAUAAGAAGGCUUGUGGUAGUCUGUCAGUAGCCCCAAAUCAGCUGGUACUGAAGAUAACUGAACAGCAGAACAGCACUCAGUUCAGCCUGAAUGGUCUGUGUCUCCGAAGUCAUGAUCUGACCCCCAUACUGCGAGCCUUAAAACUACAGACAAGUACUCAACAGCUUAUUCUCUCAGGCAACUGCAUUAGUGAUGACGUCAUGGAGGAACUGUGGGCUACAGUGAGCACCAUGCCCAACCUCAGGCUACUCGAUCUUUCAUCUAAUCAGAUUACCCAUGAAGGCUUAAAGAAACUCUGUGACACGAUGGUUGCUUCAAGUACUAAAACACUGAAGAACCUGGAAGAGCUGAAUUUGAGCACAAACAUGCUGGGCGACAGCAGCUGCCAGUAUUUGGCAUCCAUUAUUAAAUCUUGCCCGCUGUUGUGUACACUGAGGUUGCAGGGCUGUGGGUUCACUGCAAAGCUGCUACAACACUAUCGCCUCCUGAUGGUUGAUGCAAUGAAAGGAGCUUUACAUCUGAAAAUGCUCUCCCUGUCCUACAAUGCCCUGGGUCCCACAGGAGUGGAGCUUAUUUUGAAAACACUGCCACAUGAUGUCAUUACACAACUAGAAAUAGGGUGCAUCAACAGUGGGUAUGGAGACAAGAACCUGAUGGACCACAUUGUGCGUUAUUUAGCACAGGAUGGCUGUGCUUUAACUCAUCUUAACCUUAUGGGAAAUCGUCUUACUGAUGAAACUGUUCGAGACCUUGCCAGAUGUCUUUUAGUGUGUCCAUCUUUGACAUGGUUGGAUCUGUCAGCAAAUCCAGGAAUUACAUGUGUCGGCCUUGAGAUGAUGAUUGCUGCUGUCGAAGAACGGAAUUCUGGACUAAAGCAUCUGAAUCUGGCAGGUAGUAUAAUCAGCUGGACAUCUUGA